GCCCGCAGACCAUUACUUCAUCUUCUCGGAUAGUCUCAGUUCGAUUGAGGCUAUUCGGUCGAUGAAACAAGGUAGGCACUAUUCUUAUUUCCUGUCAAAGGUAAGGGAACAGAUGAGCGUGCUGGUCGAAAGAUCAUAUAUGAUUACCUUUGUAUGGGUCCCCUCACAUUGCUCAAUCACAGGUGGGCGCGCAAGAAGGCAAUUUUAUGACAGGCAAAUUUCACACGAUGAAUUUUACCAUUUAGUGCGUCAGAGUACCCUUUCGAGUUGGCAAACCGAUUGGGACAAUGGAAAUCUUGGACGGUGGUUACAUUCAAUUAUUCCUAAUGUUUCUUCGAGAGCGUGGUUUAAAGGCUUGGACUUAAGUCGGGACUUCAAUCGCGUGAUGAGUAGACUUAUGUCCAACCACUACUCGCUAGAUGCUCAUCUCAAUAGAAUAAACCUCGUGGACAGCAACAUCUGUCGGUGUGAAAACGGUUACGAUGACAUCGAUCACGCAGUUUGGCAAUGUACGGAUAAUGACACCGCCAGAGAGUGACUUUUGAAUACCCUUGAGGCCCUAUGCCCUAUGUUCCUAUCAGAGACGUGUUGGGAACUCGCGAUAUCUGCUAUAUGCAGUCGGCUUAUGUGUUUCUUCAAAUGUCUAGUAUAAGAAUUUAAUUCCUUUGUCUUUUGUCUCUCUUUAUUAGUCUUUAUUAUCUUUAUUAGGCAACUCGACCUUUUCCACCGAUCCGACUGCUGUCCCUCUCAACCCAGUUCCAACUGACUUCGCUUCGUUGUUUCAACAACAGAUGGAGAACAACAACCACCUGAUGCUGGCCAUGCAGGAAAGGUUCCAGAAAUCCAUCAAAGCGCUGAUGGUCACCGAAAUCGAAACGCAACGAAGACUUCGCAACGUUGAAUCCUCGUUGCAGGUAGCUACCGCACCCUCUAGCAGUCCUACAGUUGGCAAGCCCAGUACUGCAAUUCCGACAAACUCUACUACAGCUCUUUCAACCAACACCGCCUCAGCUCCUUCCAGUCCCAGCACCUCGAACAACCCGAACGCCUCCUUGGUGGACGUCAGUAGUGACAUCUUCUCCUCGGAUGGAGCCAGUGAUUCAACGAUUACGCCUGACAAUAGCCCGACCCCUGCCAAGAAACCGGACACUCCUUUGCCCAACUCCUACACACCCAAAAACAACAAGCGCCCCAUUUCGGAACUUGACCAUUCACGGCGACCCCCUCGCUCUGACCAAGUUCCCAAAAUUACGGAAGCCGCUCCUGAAGUCUCCUACAUCGCCGGCCAAGAAGAUCGAUUCAAAGGAGAAACGGACGUAGUAGCUACUUCCUCUACUACCUCCAAUGCCCACGCCACCUAAGCCAUCCACCCGGACUAUUCUAACGGACCACGCCAGUACUAUACCAUGUUCAAUCUCCAGCCACCAUCAUCAACCGUGUCUGCGACUUGCCUCGGGUAGCCGGGGCCCCAUUGGACUGGAAGCUACACUCGUACCAGAACCUUUGGACACCCCCCGACGCCCAGACAAUCCAGAUGAAGAAUUCUGUGCCUUGGGUACGCAGGGCACCGUCAGUGCGGACGCUAGGACCCCACCGGAACUGGCGGACACCCUCUGCGACCACAGGACGAAGACUCAUGUGAAGAGCCCAGUGAUAUCCCCCGGUAGCCGGGGCCCCGUUGGUGCGGACGCCCUUCCCACACCGGAACCGACGAUAUCCCCCCGGCACCGGGAGGGAACUGGAAGAGAGACGCACAAGGGUGGCAACACC